CCUAACUCGCCUGGCUUCUGACGAUGGCGCUGCUCCUGUGGCCCCUUCUGGGGGCGGCCUGCCUCUCUCUCUCUCUCCUGGGGGGCCCCGCAUUGGCCCUGCCCAAGGGAACCGCGGCGCCGGAGGUGACUCAAGGCGCCUCCUCCCACUCCCUGCAUUACUUCUACACGGCAGUGACGGAGUCCAGCCCCGGGCUGCCACAUUUCGUGAUUGUGGGCUACGUGGACGGCCAGCCCUUUGAUUACUAUGACUCUGAAACUAGGAAGGAUGUGCCUCGAGUCCCAUGGAUGGAGAAGGUGGAAGAGGCAGAUUCUCCGUACUGGGUCGAGCAAACUCAGGUAUCGCAGAACGCAGAAGCCCUAUUCAGAGCGGAUUUGGCAAUUCUACAGCAUCGUUACAACCAGAGUGGAGGGACUCACACUUUGCAGUGGAUGUACGGCUGUGAGCUGAGGAGAGACGGGAGCAAAGGAGGGCACAUGCAGUAUGCCUAUGACGGGAAGGACUACCUCAGCCUGGACAAGGAGACCCUCACCUGGACGGCAGCCGAUGUCCCAGCCCAGAACACCAAGAGGAAGUGGGAGAGGGAGACACAUGUAGCCCAAUUUCAGAAGGACUACCUGGAGGGAACCUGCAUUGAGUGGCUGCAGAAAUACCUGCACUACGGGAAGGAGACACUGCUGAGGACAGAGCGCCCUGUGGGGAAGGUGAGCCUCAAGGAAGCCAGCGAUGGCCUGGAGACCCUCAUCUGCCAGGCCCACGGCUUCUACCCCAGAGAGAUCGAUGCCACCUGGACAAAAGGGGAGCAGAACAUGGACCAUGAGACCUUCCGUGGGAACAUUGCUCGCAACUCCGAUGGGACCUAUCACACCUGGCUCAGCAUCGACAUUGACCCCAAGGAGAGGGACCUCUACCGGUGCCACCUGGAUCAUGCUAGCCUGCCAAAGCCUAUGGUCCUGGCCUACGAAGAGCCUGGCGUCAACAUGGGACUUAUUGUGGGCGUCGUCGUAGGAAUCGUGGUUAUUCUGGUGAUAGCUACUGGGAUCUACUUCAUCCUCAGAUUUAUAAUCCGCCCUUCUUGCCUUGGAGGGGACUCAGGGCAGAGCACAGCAUGCAAACAGCAAAUAUUCAACAAAGGAACUUAUGAAGCAGCAUCAAGUGAGUGAUGACUCCCUUUCAAAAAUAAGUUUUCAGUGAGAUUUUGAACAUUUUGUUUAUAGGCAGAUAAAAAGGAGCACAGCUGCUGAUUUGUGUGGGAAGUUUAGUCACAUGGAACAUCUGGAAAUUACAGAGUUCUAAUGGUUGAUUCUGUACAAUUCCUUCCCAGCUAGGUUGGCAGAGGGGUGAAAUGUGGGACCUUAAAGAAAAUACUAAGCUAGUCAAAUGAGGUAUAGAUCAUAUUCCAUGACAUGUUAGCAGUCUGACCAGUAAGAGUGGGGAAGGUG